GACCGAUGCUACAUCCUGUCUCAACGCACCAAUAGUUAAAAGUUUGUUUUGUGGAUUGGUGACAUUUAGUUGUUUAUUUACCAAACAGGGUGUUAAAACAUUGUUAAUUAAGUUAUAGACGAUUUUUUUUGUGAAUUGAUUUUUUAUUGCGUAGGCUUUUUACGGAACGGAUAUUGUUGUGAACUUUGUAUUUCUUCUGUGGACAAUUUGUAAACAUCGAUGACGAUUUAUUGAUUGUUACCUUUAUCAAGUGGUUGUUAGCAGAUGCUUUUUAAUUCAAUUCAUUUUUAAUAAAUUGUUGUUCAGAUUAUGGUAGUUGGUUAGUAUAAAAAGGGCGGGAAAACAACAACCAAAAUGGCGGCGUACAGUGUCAUCAACAGUUCAGGCAACUCAUCAACACUGACCAAUUUAACAGAAAUACGAAAGUGUAAAUACGCUGAAGGUGAACAAUGUUAUUAUUCCGACGAACAUCUGAUGUGGAGUAUUAACAAACAUCUUGAACCGGAACCACACGAAUGGAUUUUCUGUGUCUUGUUUAUUAUCGUGUUUAUAUUCGGUGUAACUGGGAAUUCUCUCGUGUGUUUUGCCGUCUGGAGAAAUGUUCAACUAAGAACGAUAACCAACUUUUUUCUCGUUAAUCUGGCAGUCGCUGAUCUUUUGGUCAUAGUUAUUUGUUUGCCGCCAACGUUUGCUCAGACAUUUUGGGAAACAUGGUUUCUAGGAGACGCCAUGUGUAAAAUUGUUGAAUUCCUUCAGAAUAUAUCGGUGAUAGUAUCUGUAUUAACAUUAACAGCGAUAUCAAUAGAGAGAUGGUUCGCCAUUUGUCAUCCAUUAUCCUUUAAAGAAACUCGACGUCACGUGAUAAUAACUCUCAUCGUUAUAUGGGUAGCAGCAAAUGUGUUUUCCGUACCAUCCCUCAUUAUCUUCUCCACCGUACCCGACGCAAUGGUUCCGGAUAAUUUGACUGUAUUAUUAACGACGUGUCGACCUUCUGGAUACGAACAGACGACGUUAUACAAGGAAAUAAUCCAUUUAGUAGUGUUUUAUGUGAUUCCAGUGAUAGUGAUGACGUUUGCCUAUUUCUCUAUAGCUUCCUGUUUGUGGUCCAGUAUUAAAAAGGGCAAAGCACUGACAGAGGGUAUGCAGGGUAUGCAGGAUAAGGUAUCGCAUCAACUACGAUCAAGACGACGAGCAGCUAAGAUGUUGAUUGUUGUUGUCAUCGUAUUUAUAUUGUGUUAUUUACCAGUUUAUAUCUGGAAUAUUUUGAGAAUGACGAAUCUGGACCUAAUAAACCGAAUACCCGACAAGAAAGUUUCAGGAAUCGGUUACACAGCUCAUCUGCUUAUAUAUCUCAACAGUUCCAUUAAUCCUGUUAUAUAUAAUUUUAUGAGUGGAAAGUUCAGGAAAGAAUUUCAGACAGCGUUUUUCUGUUGCUUCCGACGGCGGCGUACAGAAAGAGGUCAUUACGGUAGCCAUGAAUUGGAACCCUUCCCCAACAAAAGGUAAAUACAGAUUUAUCUUUAAUUCGGAGCAUCACACGCUGAUGGAAACAACUCGAGGAUUACCGCUGCGAAAUGUGUGCUGACGGAUGGAACGGAAAUGACGUAUUGUACGUCAGAUGUGUGAUAAAGGAAAUAAUCCAAUUGUGGGAUGUGUACUUUUUUAAGUGGCAUUUAGUAAUUGAACAGUAACACACUAACAACUAUUUAUGGAAUAACCCGUCUUCAUUACCCAAUAGGACGUUAAACCCAUUUCAUUUCUCUUUCCUCCUGGGUGGGUGUAUGGCGUGUGCCCGUCUUCAUUAGCCAAUAGGACGUUAAACCCAUUUCAUUUCUCUUUCCUCCUGGGUGGGUGUAUGGCGUGUGCUCGUCUUCAUUAGCCUAAUAGGGGCUGAACAGUAGGACGUUAAACCCAUUUCAUUUCUCUUUCCUCCUGGGUGGGUGUAUGGCGUGUGCCCGUCUUCAUUAGCCUAAUAGGAGCUGAACAGUAGGACGUUAAACCCAUUUCAUUUCAUUUCUUUUUCCUCUUGGGUGGGUGUAUGGCGUGUGCCCGUCUUCAUUAGCCCAAUAGGAGCUGAACAGUAGGACGUUAAACCCCAUUUCAUUUCAUUUAUGGAAUAACAAUUACUGGUUUAUUAACAUAACAAUUACUUAAUGACAUUAAAACAACCAUUGAAUAUAUUCUUAUAUUGAUAUUACUGUACUGUGUGAAAUAGCUUUAUUUAACUCCGCUUCCACCGAGGUGAUAUCGCAGACAAGUUACUGUACUUGGGUACAACUAUAUAUAUUUUAAAAUGUUACGUAUACCUAACUGGCUUCCUAAAUAUAUCGGUGUUAUCAGAUGGCACGAGGUUGUUAAUUGUCAGUUUAUAUUGAUGAUAACAUACCAAGAACUAUUGGGGGGUUGGAUGUCUGAAUGGUUAGCGUGCGCGCGCUGUAUCAUAAAGUCUGUCAUUGAGUCGACUGGCGUGGUUUCGAAUCCCCGGUUGUACGUGACAAGGAGUAGGGUCGCCUGUCCAGCCUCGUGGUGUUUCUCCGGGUCCUCCGGUUUCCCCCCUCUACUAAAGACCCUUUGCGCAAGCGAAUUAUUGAAAUAAAAUUAAACCAUAUGUUCGUCCCGAAAUGACCUAGUUUGUGUCGAGUGGACAUUACACCCCAUUUCUCUCUCUCUGUCUCUCUCUCUCUCCCCCAAGAACUAUUUAUGGAAUAACAGUUACCAUGGGAACCCAAUCUGUUUAAAACAGGCGUUCUGCUUGAUGUGAGUUCCUGGCGUGUUGUGCACGGAACUCUGGAUAAACCACUAGAAACGUCAACGCGGAUUGAUUAAUCAAUGUCUGACGUCAUAGGUCAAAAGCCGCUCGUAUAGCCCCUGACGCGACCUCCCAUUACAACUGGUCAGAUCUUCAUGUAGUAGAGACUAAUCGAAAGUAUAAAAAAAGAAACGAAAUAUAAAUCUGUAUUUUUAUCAGAUUGCGUGGGAAUCUAGCAUAAAAUCUUAAGUGGCAGUAAAACUGGAGUACUUAUGUCAGAAAUGAAUACGGCGAUCGUCAUUUGAAAGAUUUUGAAUCCGUUCCAAACUACAAUAUUGUGAAAGAUGAAUCUCUGAAAAGGAAUAUUAGUUUCAUUCUGUAUUUACAAUGAUGUGAUUAAUUGACGACAUUCGUCAUCAUUCUCUUCAAAUGUUAUAAACAAGCCAGUUGGGAUGACCUAGAGCAGUGAUUCUCAAUCUAUUUUUGCCAACGGCACACCUUGGAACACAUGAAAAAAAUAGCGGCACACCUGGCUUAAUAUAUAUGAAAAAUAUUUGAAUUUUGCACAAAAAAAACCAUGGUAGGCCAUGUCAGAGACAUACAACUGUAGACAGAGGCUAGUCAUAGACACAUAGAAAGACUCAAAACUAAAUAAAGAAAAAAACAUCUAUGAACACCAGUGAAUACUCAAUUGGGAUCCCAUGUAUUUUUUGGCAUUUCCUUAGUGUGCCAUUCAAAAUUUCGCGGCACACUUAGGAAGCACACUGGUUGAGAAUCACUGACCUAGAGUGUCACGCUUUGAGCUCUAGCUAGCCCGUCACCUCUGGGAUGCGGUUGUGCUUUCGGUACCUGGUGUGACAUAGGGGCGCCUUCUUAUCCUCGUGGGUUUACUCCGGGUACUCCGGUUUCCUCACUCAGAAAGACGCUAUGCGCGUGCACUAAGAUAUUAAAAAUAAGAAAACAUGUCUGCGAUAUCACCUAAGAUAGAAGCGAACGUUAAACACUAAGUAUAUCAACCUAUAAUACGUAAUUGUCGGCGAUAUCGCUUCGUUGAAAGCGGAUGUUAAAUAAAGUUGUAUUAAAUACACGAGUAUAAGUUUAGGUUUAAAUGGCAUAAUGGUCACCUUUUUUUUAUUAAACCUUGAAAACAAUUACGAUUAGCGACUUUAACAUAUCCGUUUAAUCGUCGGUUUUGGGUUUAAUUUCAAAUAACUGAUUGGAUGUCAAUUUCAACACAGGCGCGUGUCCAGAGCGGGAGUGGGUGACCCCCCCCCCCCCCCCAUGUAGUCUUAUUAUCUUAUACAUGUAUGUACCCAAAUGAGCAGAAAUAUUGCCUCAAAGCUUCUGAUUAUAUUAAGCCCCCCCCCACCCCCACGACCUUACCCCAAACUUAAAGUUGGAUCCACCUUGGGACCCCAUCCGCUACCCUCUGCUGAAAUUCCUGGACACGCUCCUAUAACAAACUUAGCUUCUUUUUCGACGAAAUAACAUUAAAUCCCAAUGUUUUAUAACAUCGGUUUUGUUAUUUUAAUUUUUAAUUAUCGCACUCGAGAAAUUAUGCCUUAAAAUCGUAUCUGAAUUGUAAUAUUGAUGAUCAUACAUGAUCAGGCUUUUAUUUUCCUAUGGCUUGUUCUACGAAACACGUCACGCUAGUGUAUGUAUUUAUUGAUAUCUGUGUUUCGUUCAAUAUUUGAUGUUUAAUUCGUAAUUUUGCUAUUUAAGGCAUCAGUUAUUAGACCAAAGACGGCCAUAAGACGCCUGAAUGUUUCCCCCAGUGUAAUAUCGUUUAACUAUAGUGGCGCCAAUCUUAUAAGUUUCUGUAAAUUAACAGGCGUUUAAAUGAAAAUGAUCAAUGGCUUACAUCAUGAAAGUUUGACAAGCUGAAACAGUGACCUUGUAUUCAAUUCCUCAAAGUGGAACAUUAAGAUACAGCUAUCACCAUUUGCCAGAUGAUUGAUCAGCACCUACUAAUGGUAUAAUUUAUUUUAAUUAAAAGCCAAUCUGAUUAAAACACAUUAGCUAGAUUGUCAAAAACGUUUCCAUUGAAGCUUCCCUAAAUAUACAAUAUUUUGAUAGCUUGAUUCAAUGGAUGUUGUAAUUGUAAGGGAACAUGAAACCCCAUAGCGGCUGUAUAGAGCAAUUGGCAUUGGCAAAAAAAAAUGUUUGAUACGGGUUGGGCCUUCUGAUCAUAACGUUUUAGACCACCUUGAAAGCACCUGGUUUUUGCCAAUUCAUGUAAGUAAGAAAUCGCCUUUCAAUUGAAUGAAAAUUGGCAGUAUUCACAUUUUCAUUGUUUUUUUUAAGAAACCAUUGCUACAAAGCUGUCCAAUAAACAAGUAUUUGUUAUAUGGUAUGCAUAUAUAUAUAUAGAAAUCUGUUGAUUUCGUUUUGAUUUCAUUGUUUUUAAGAAGCUACAGAGCUUUCCAAAAAACAAAUAUUUGUAUAUGUUAUGCAUGUGUUGAUUUCGUUUUGAUUUCAUUGUUUUUAAGAAGCUAAUGAGCUUUCCAAUAAACAAAUAUUUGUAUAUGUUAUGCAUGUGUUGAUUUCAUUUUGAUUUCAUUGUUUUUAAGAAGCUAAUGAGCUUUCCAAUAAACAAAUAUUUGUUAUAUGUGAUGUAUAAAUCUAAUGAUUUCGUUUGCCUUCUUAAAUAUUUGUUAGCUUACGUAUUAUUAUUAGCUGCAUGCAGUAUCACAUUGUAUGACUGUCAUUUUACUUGCAAAAAUGUCAAGGUUAAGUUUGGAACUAAACAAAACCAAAUAACUUACCGAGCCAAACUAGGUGUCGAGUUACACUGCCACGCAGGUUGUUAUUCUUAAUUAUACCUGAACAUACCUUGUUUAAUUAGCAGAAUUGAAUUAAGGAUGCAUUAUGUAAGAGCUCAAUACGGCUAUUGCGUAUCUUUCGUUUGGCCCCAAAUGUUAUAUAAAUCAUUGAUUAGACAUUUAUUUACAUGACAAGCCCAUUAUCAAAAUUCUAGGUCAUGGUACAAGAUGUCAUAUAUUUAUUAUCUUGGCGCACGCGCAGUGGUCUUUCUUGUGGGAGAAAGUCGGAGUACCACUAUCUCCAAGCCACAAACGCUCACACCAGGGAUCGAAACCGCUACCACAUGUCAAGGGUGAACUGCCAGCUAGAGGUCGAAGCGCUGCACUCCAAACCCCAAGUGGUUUCCCCUUGUCAGUGAUGCAGGUAAGAGGGCCUGACAAGGACAGCUGUCUAGUCCUUCGGAUGAGACGAAAAACCGAGGUCCCGUGUAAACAUUGGAAUGCACGUAAAAGAUCCCUUGGCAGUUGGAAUUCGAUAUAAGAGUAGGCGAUAGUGCCGCUGCCCGGGCAAAAUUUCCCUCAUAGCACACUGUAUGGCGUAUGGCCGUCUUCAUUAGCCCAGUAUAGGAGCAGAACAGUAGGACGUUAAACCCCAUUUCAAUUCAGUUCAUUUCAGUUCCAAACCCCCAAAAAACUGCCAGCUCUUUAUCUAAAUCUUACAUAAUGCAUCUUUAACUGCCAUCCUGUUGUUAUAGGUACCGAUAUAAACUUUGUUUAAUUAGCAGAAUUGAUUUAAUUGUUUAAAAUUGUUUAAAUUUUCGUUUAAAGAUUGAUCAUAUUAUGUAUAGUUUAUUAUCUAAUGUUCUGGCUUCUGUUUGACGUAUGUAACGCAAGACAGGGAGAGAUAGCGAGAAAUAGGGUUUAACGUUCAAUCAACACAACACAUGUGGGAGAAACCUGAAGGACGAGGAGUAAACCCACGAAGGUAGGCAGGCAACCCUACGCUAUGUCACGUACAUCCUCUGAAUAGAAACCACGGCAUUGGAUUCAUUGUAUAAUAUUAAGCGCACGUGUCAGCCCUUUUGGCUACAUUUAUGACGAAAGCCACAGUACGUGCAUGGCAAACAGUAAGUAAGCAUGUGCAUGGUUAGAUGCAAGUCGCGGCGACUCAGUGAAUAGGGCGCUUGUUCGCUAUCUUUGUGUUGGCCGAAAAGAUUUUCCGGAAUUUUCCAGCCUGGUUACCCGUUGUCAGUGGAGCAGGGCGGAGCGCCAUGCAAGGAACGGCGUAUAGUCGUUCGGAUGGGACGAUAACCCGAGUCUCUGUGUACACAUUGCUGUGCGAAAUAAAGAGUAAUGAUGUAGCACCACUGUCCUGCAAAAUUUCCCUCAUAGCAACAGCAUGACAAUUGUCCGUCUUCAUUAUCAGAAAAGUAGGACGUUAAACCUCAUUUCAUUUCAUGUUCACGGUUAGUUAUUAUAUUGUUUAUCUCAUGCUGAUCAUCAUAAUGUAAUAACAUGUUGUUCUGUCAAUUAAAGAUUUGUUUAAUAAAAUAAAGAUAUAACAGUU